CAAUACUUCUCAGUAAUCACUACGAUCCAGGAUGAUUGUCCUCGCGUGGUCUUUGUUCGUGCUGGUCUCGUUACUCGUCGCCACUAAUCAAGCCUUUCUUGCUGCUCCUGCACCAGGAGAUGGCUUGACGAGGAAUUGGCGAGGACUCGCAUCGUCUCCAAUGUACGUUCACGGAGCGUCGAGUUACGAUGUCACUGGCGUGCAGCGACGAUUGGAGAGCUACGAGGUGAUUCAUAAAGUUAAUAACAACCAACACCCAGUUGAUUCGACAAGCAAUAAUCAUGACGACGAACAAACGGUUUAUGUGUUCGAAUUUGAAUCCGAGUCGAACGAGAAAGAAGAAAGUCUGCAAGAAGGAAAGGAGACACCUUCUGGCGGAUUUAUUUAUGUUUCAGACGAGGAAGACGAUCAAAAUCCACUGGAUCCAUGGUCGAUCGUCUGGUAUAUCGGUUCAUUCGGUGGCCUCGUCGCUUUUUUCCUCAUCGUCAGUUGUUCGGAAUGGUGCUGUCGUCGCGGUGGAAGAUCACUAUCGGUCCCUUAUUCUCAACGAAACGAGGUGAUGAACGGACCGGUAGUAACCGAAACACCACCCCCACCUUAUCAUUUGUUCGCGCCACCCUCGUACGAUUCUGUGAAUUAUGGCGAGAUAACGGACAAGACUUCCGGGGAGAAGGUAGACAUAUAUGUGAUAUCAGUGCCACUUCAUAGAUCUGUGGUACAGGCACCAGCCUAAAUUUUUCUCGAAGUGACCCUCGAACGGAGGAUACCGGUCGAAUUGAAAUGGAAACGACACCGAUCGCGUCGACAUCCAUUUGACAAUCGUUCGUUGGUCCAUCAGUGGACGCAAUAGUACGAGAAGAAGGACGAUAUAUCGUAUCGCUUUUGAAGAAUUUAUUGAAGCUUUCUCGGUGAUAUGUGCAUCUUCCUUUAAAUCGGGAGAAUUGUUGACAAUCGUUCGCCGAUCUAUGAACAAUAUCCGUUGAAAACGAGAUCGAGAAAAGACGAAGAACGAGCUUGAUAAAUUAUUCGUUUGAAUAUUGAAGAUACUUUUGAAUAUCGUGAACUUGAUACACAUAAGUAUCGCGAUGUACGUGUAUGUGUAUACAUUUGAAUAUUACAAAAUGAUGGAGAAGAUGUUUGUUCGUAGUUGAAGGAACAAAUAAUAUUUCACGAAGAUUUAUAUUAAUAGCAGAAUAAGGAAUUUGGAAGGUUGGAAAAACAUUUAUGAAACGAAGAGACGCGAGAAGCUUCGAAUCUCUCUAUGACUGAUGGACACCGAAAAUUCCGAACUGUUAAGAAGAUUUCGAAAUAUUGUUACCGAAUAUUUAAAGAGAUGUUAUAUUUCUGUGUAACAGUGAAUGAAAAAAAGAGAUGGAAAGGCCGGUUAUAAAUAUUUCUAAAAUUUAAAAAUAUCAACUGAGAAGGAAGAUAAAAGAAAAAAAGGAAAAAAAAAGGGGAGAUGAGAAAUUUCAUCAUAUACACUCGGACUAGAUCGAAUCAAUGAAGCAAUGUUCUCUGUGAUGAUGUUCGUAAAACGAACUGAAAUUAAAACUAGAAUGAAAUUAAGACGUGCUUUUUGAAAAAAUGAAUCCGUUGCACGGAUAUUAAGCGAGCAACUUUUUUUUUUUCAUAUUUUUUAAGAAGCUGAAUGGAAAAUCAACGAAAUACGAACAUAAUAUGUAUUCGAGCUCGAUUUCAUUCGAUAAAUGAGCAAAUGAUUUAGGAUCAGUCACAAGCGUUUAAUUAAACGAAUUAUUUAUCCGAUCACUGCCUGGUUAGAUGAAUGAUUCGAAAUCAUUCUGAUCCUUUAUUAACAUUUAUACGCUAGUUUUUGAGUUCACCACUCGUCGUAACAAGUCUUGUGACUUGUAGCAAGUUGAGAGAACAAAAAAACUGCCAUAUUUUCGUAUACCGUUAUUUUUUAAGAUUCAUCUUACGCUACUUUAAAAAAAUAUUAAUACGAUGCUAUUUUAAAAAAAAAUAAAACUUUACAAAACCAAUGUACAAAGUUCAGAUCAAAUUGAAAAUUUUAUUCGCAUUCUUAGAAUUUGAUUUUUUUUAUAUAAUUUUUAUAUAUAUAAUUCAAAAUUGCAAUUGCAAAAAAAAUGGAUUAUCGAACUUCUCAUAUUGAUGCAGUUAAACAGAUAUUUAACAAGCAUGCUAGAGAUAAUUGAAAAAUUAAUAAUUCGAAGCAUUUUAUAUUUUAAGUUUAAAUCAAGACGUUUGAUCCCUUUUUUUAUAUUUUCAAAUCAUUGAAUUAUAUGAUUUAAUUAUUCUUACAAGUAGCGCGAUAUAAUAAUAAUAAUAAAAAGAAGAAAAAGAAAAAGAAGAAAAAAAAGAAAAAAGAAAAAGAAGAAAAAGAAGAAAAACGAUGAGGACAACAACAAUAAUAAUAAUAAUAGUAGUAGUAAUAGUAGUAGUAAUAAUAAUAAUAAUAAUAAUAAAUAAAUAAAUAAAUAAUUAUCUAUAAAAUUCAGGGAUCUUUUGCAUAAUUUAUUGAAAAAUAAUAUUAAUUGAAUUAACCAGUGAUUGCACAAAUGAUUUUUAUAAUUUUACGUCAAUAAAGACGAUUAACUUGUAAUUUAUAAGAUCUAUUUCAUUCAUUUUAUUAUCAAAUUUAUUAUUAUUGUACAAAAAAUUUAUUAACAAUGAUAACUUAUAAUUUAUGACUUAUAAAGUUUAGUUCAAUUCUCAACUAAUUGAGAGAAUUAUCCUUAAAUUUUUUUAUUAUGAUAAUCAAAGAGAAUGAAUGUCUUUUCUGAAAGCAAAGAAUUUAUCAUUAUUCAUUGAAAUGUUCAGUUUCAAGUACAUUUUGUAUUUUUAAUCAGAGUUAAUUACAGAUAUUCUUUAUUUAUUUAUGAUAUUAUAUAUAAUUCUUUAUUUUUUUUGUCGCUUUUUUCAAUAAUAAUUCACUCUUUUUUUGGAUCAUAUAUUAGAUAUUGCAUAAGAGGGCGUGAAUGUAACGCUUCUUGUAUCCUGAAUGAUUUAUCAAUGAAACACAUGUGCAAAGAAGUUCGAAUAAUCUCUAAUAUUAUUACAUUAUAUUGAGGUUAAUUGCGAUCAUUCCAAGUCCGACAAUUCCAGAUGAUUAUGUAUAGGCUACGAAUUGACUGCCAUAAAAGAAAUUUAACUGAAAAGAAAGUAGUUUGUGAAGCAUUAAUGCGAUAAUGUCUCGAUAUAAAAACGAUCCUUAUAUUAUAUGACAUUUAACAUCCGUGCGACUAUGAUCAUUUUUUUUCUUUUUGACUAUUCUUAAAUAGAAGAUAAAGUGUUGAAUAUUUUUUAUGAAUAUUCGCAUUUUUGUGUUAAAAGCAAAAGUCCCACUUGCUAUUUAAAUUCAUAAACGAAAUCAUAAAAAGAACAAAAAAUACUGUGUGUUCCAUAUAAAUAGUAUUGCUUUACGCUUAAAUAAAUACGUGCACGAUUUAUUUAAACAUUUAUUUCAUCAUCUAUUUUAUGAGUGAAAAAUAAAUGACUAAUUCAUCUUUCUUUUUAAAUGAAUAUGAUUCGGUAUGAAUUUAUAUUAUUAACGAAAAAAUAUAUUGUUUUUAGAGUUGAAAAAAUUUUUACUUUUUUUUGUUUUAAUAUAUACUUUUAAUGUUAUAGAAAAACAAAAGUAAUAUUCAAAAUAUUUGAUUUCUUAAUGUUUCUAAAUAUUUGAUAUAUAAAAAGAAUAUUAAAUGAUAUAUUAAAUAUUAUAAAUUUAAAUAUAAAAUGUGAAAAAUACUCGAAAAGAAAAAAUAAGAUAUAUGUGAUAUAAAAAAAUAUAUUACGAAAUCUAGUUUUAUUUAUAAUGUAUAUUGAUAAUUGUCGUCGCAUUGAUCAUUGUCAUUUAAUUUUAAUCAGUCGAUUAUUAUUCAAAUAAAAAAAUGACAAAGAAUUUGUGUAGGAAUGUGUGGAAGAAUGUUUGAGAAAUUUAUCGUAAAGUAAGAUUAAGUACAAUGUCAAUUAUUAUUAUUAUCAUUGUCAUUAGUAAUGUUAUUAUCAUUAAACUCGUAAUCGCGUUCCGAAUAGCGAUUGGAGCACAUUACGAUGUAUUCGCUCUCAUUCAGGCUUGCAAAAUUGCAAUGCCAUCGCUAUUUAUUUUUUAUACUUUUAUACAUACUAUUUAUACGUAUUCAAACAUCUCUAUGUUACCAAUAAAAUUUCUUUUCUCGAA